CUGUGGCUCUUUCUUUUGUCUACGGACACGUCGCGAGCACGUUGUUUUGUGAAAUUAGCGUGUAAAGUUACAAAAAUGUCGGCCCAUCUUAACUGGAUGAUAAUCAGGAACAACAACGCCUUCCUCGUGAAGAAGCGAAACAUCAAGAAGCCUUUCAGCAAGGAGCCCAACAAUGUGACUAACCUCAACGCAUUCAGAUACAAUGGCCUCAUCCACAAAAAGGCAGUUGGUGUGGUCGAGAAUCCCAACAGAAAAGGUUUUACUGUCGUGUACAAGAAGGCUAAGGCGACAAACAAGCCAGCAAAGAACCUGGUUCGCCGUCCAUUCAAAGCUGGCGCGAGGAGAUCGCUCCACAAGGUAAAGAGGUUGCUCAAAGCCAACAACUACCGCAAAGACUUGGCCAAGCCUACUCUUCGUCGUGCCUCAGCUAUCCUCAGAUCCCAGAGGCCUAUCAAAGCGAAGAAACCUAAGGCGGCAGCGGCUAAAACAGAAUAACUUUGUAUGUAAGCUUCCAAUAAAAGUAUAAAAUCCA